GCUGAAACGUCUUACAGGUGAUUCGAAUACUGUAUGACUUGGAUUUGGCGUGGUCCAACAUGCUUUCUGCCGACUGCAGUCUCUGACUCCCAACAUCUUUUUAACAUCUUCCAUAACAAGCACUAACCCAGUACUACGGACUGCAAGAUGGCGUACCAACCUCCGCCGGGAGACGACGGGCUUGCUUACGGAGACGACUAUUCUCAGUCUCGAGGGAGUGGUCAAGGCGGUACUGAUCGAUCAGUCCUCGGAGACACAUUCAAGAAGUUCAAAUCCGAGUAUGACAAGUUCAAGACACCCUCGUCUUCGGGUCAAAAUUACGGCUAUUCAGACUCAGGCUCUAAUCAAGCUUAUUACGGUCAGCAAGGUCAAAACACCAUUUCUGGAUCGUCUCAACCAUCAUACCAUGGUCAACAAGGCCAAACUCAGCAGGGAUCUCAGAAUCAAUACUAUAAUCCAUCAAGUCAAAGCACUGGCCAGCCUGCAUAUCCCGGUGGACCUCCAACUCAACAAGCCCAAGGGAAGCCAGAUAUCGCUUCGAAAUUGUUCGGUGCUCUACAGAAUACCGUCCAGAAUAUCGGGUCCGAUGUUCAGAACCUGAUUGAUCCCAAUCACAGGCCAUCCUCUCAGUAUUCAAACCGACCUCCAGGACAGACUGGCCCAAGCUAUUCCAACAUUCCUCACUCACCUGGACAACCUUCCGUCAAGAAUCGUUUCGACAGCUUCGCUUCCGAGAAGCCUGGCAAUGAUGUCAAGUGGUACGUUGAUGGUUGCGGAUACUUCUGGGCUGUUAGUCAAGCCCUUGAAGCAGCAAAACAUUCCAUAUGGAUUCUGGACUGGUGGCUGUCCCCCGAAGUGUACCUACGUCGGCCACCGUCUCAGAAUGAGCAAUGGAGACUCGAUCGGACUUUGCAACGAGCUGCACAACGUGGUGUCAAAGUCCGCAUCAUCGUGUACAAAGAAGUCACACAAGCCUUGACUUUGUCCUCCGCACAUACCAAGCACGAACUUGAGAAGUUGUCACCAAAUAUCUCUGUCUUCCGUCACCCGGAUCAUCUUCCAGACGCCCAAACUACUCAAUCAUCGUUGAUAUCCUCAUUUCAGGGCCUCAAGCUUGAUGCAGCUGGUGUCUCCAAACUUGGUGCAGAUGCUCUGAAAGGGAUUUACGGUAUCACUGACGACGUCAUCCUUUACUGGGCCCACCACGAGAAGCUAUGCAUUAUCGACCGUGAUGUCGCGUUCAUGGGUGGUCUCGACCUCUGCUUCGGGAGGUGGGACACCAAUCAGCAUGCCAUUGCUGAUGCGCAUCCUUUGAACGUCAAUGACACCGUCUUUCCCGGUCAAGACUACAACAAUGCCAGGGUUAUGGAUUUCAGCGAUGUUGCGAACCCCUUCCAGAACAAACUCGAUCGGACGAAGAGUUCUAGAAUGGGCUGGUCCGAUAUUGCCAUUUGCCUCCAAGGUUCAAGUGUAGCCGACCUUUGUCACCAUUUCGUUGAUCGAUGGAACUUCGUAUUUGAUGAAAAAUACAAUGUUCGCCAAGAUCCACGCUACUAUCGAAUUGCUGAUGAUUAUCCUCAUACUGUGUCCGGCCCGGGACAACGACCACAGUCGCAGUCUCAACAGCAGCAACCCCAGAAUUACCUUCAGCCACCGGCACCUGGUGCUUCCUUCCCACCACCACCUGGAAGCCAACCGUACAAUCCACCAGCGUGGCAAACCACCAGCAGACCACAUACGCCGACUGGAGGUACCUACCAUACUGAGCCAAGCACAAGCACAGGAGCAAGUCCAUUCAUGCAACAUGCGCCGAAUUAUUCAGCAAGCACAACCGGAACUUAUGGUCAGCUGGCGAACGCGCCUGGUCUCCCUCAGACUCAGGUAUCUCCGCAUCCUCCUCCUGGUGAUUAUAGUCAGUACUCUACUCCACCACCACAAGCAUCGCAAGGUCAACCACCAGCCACGUAUGGUCAGUCUACUGGCGUCACGGGUGUCACUGGUGAUUACAGCCAACAACAAAAUCCCUACUCGCAACAGAACUUCCCUCCUCCGCCUCCUGGUCCACCGCCACAGUCAUCUUCAGGUCCUACCCCAGGUUCUACAGGGUAUCAGCCUCCUCACAGCCCAGAUUCACACCAAAUUUACGCUGCUUACAGUCAAGGACCUACAGAGUUGUCUUCUCAGGCAGCCGCAAGUCCACCUUACCAACAUCAUAGCUACCCUCAAGCUGGGUCGGAACAAGCCCGCGGUUUCGACGACUAUGGAUACGAGCAGAAUCGAGGAUAUGGCGACUAUGACGGCGCUGAGAAUCAGCGUGGGUUCGAAGGUGAGCGAGGCAUGCGUGGUAGGAUCAACCAAUACAAGGAUGAAGGCAGGAGAUUUGGCCAAGAGCUGUCGUCCAUCGGCAACAAAGUGUCAAACGAGUUCGGCGGCAGAUUUGGCAAAUAUAUGGGAGGCUCUGAUCAAUCUGGCCGCCCGUACAAUGCACCUCGAGGUCCAAUGACCUGUCAAGUGCUUCGAAGCUGUACUACAUGGAGCAAUGGAACUCCCCUUGAGCAUUCCAUCCAGAAUGCCUAUAUCGAGGUGAUUCGAAAUAGUCAACAUUUUGUCUACAUCGAGAACCAGUUCUUCAUUACAGCUACCGGAGACAAACAAAGUCCUGUCAAGAAUUUGAUUGGCCAAGCUCUUGUUGAACGAAUCCUACGGGCUGCCCGGAACGGAGAGAAAUACAAAGUCAUUGUGGUCAUCCCAGCGGUGCCAGCUUUUGCCGGCGAUCUUCGGGAUGAUGCUUCCUUGGGGACCCGUGCUAUCAUGGAGUUCCAGUAUCACAGCAUCAACCGUGGCGGGCAAUCUAUCAUGGAGAAAAUUGCUGAGGCCGGCUUCAACCCAAUGAAUUACAUUCGGUUCUACAAUUUGAGGAACUACGACCGGAUCAACUGCAAUAAUGCCAUGAGGAAGGCAGAGCAAGCGAGUGGUGUGAGCUAUGAAGAAGCACGUAAGCAACAUGGCGAUAUUGUUGGAGCUGGAUACGGCUCCUCUGGAUAUGGCACAGGUGCGAACCAGGCUUCACAAGCACCACAAUAUCAGCGCUACCAGACAGCUGCGCAGGGUAUUCAGUCUCCUGACGGACGUUGGGAUACAGUAUCUGAGUGUUAUAUGCUUGGUGGCCAGGACAUCCGCACCGUGCCAUGGGAUGGACCACCUGGAGACGAAUUGGAUGCUUUCGUUAGCGAGGAGCUCUACAUCCACUCGAAGUGUCUCAUUGCAGACGACCGCAUCGUGAUCUGUGGUUCUGCAAAUCUGAAUGAUCGAAGUCAACUCGGCUCUCACGAUAGUGAGAUUGCGCUCUUGAUCAAUGACCCUACGCCUGUGCAAACCUACAUGGCAGGCCGACCCUACACGGCCAGCCGAUUCGCAGCGUCCCUGAGACGACAGCUGUUCCGCAAACAUCUCGGUCUGGUGCGACCUCAGAACCCGCAGAGGCCUGAUCCCAACUAUGAUCCCAUUGGAGUACCUAACUUGCACGAUUGGGACAGUCCUGAAGACAGCAUUGUCUCCGAUCCUUUGAGUGAUGUCUUUCAAAGCCUGUGGAACAGUCGAGCACGAACCAACACCGAGGUUUUCCGAAAGGCCUUCAGAGCAGUGCCGGAUGAUUAUGUCAAUACUUGGGCAGAAUAUAAGGAAUUCUAUGAGUAUUACUACCGAAAUGCUGAUGAGAAGGGUGAAGGUAAGUCAGGCCGUGCUGGACCUCCCCGCGUUGAGUAUGGUCAUGUGGUUCGAGCGGACUUUCCUGGCGGGGUUCAUGAAUUGAAGGAAUUGCUCAGCCAAGUCAAAGGUACUUUGGUGGAGAUGCCAUUGUGCUUCCUGCAGAACGAAGAUAUUGCUAAAGAAGGGCUGACCUUAAAUGUUCUGACUGAGGAGAUCUACACUUGAAGUGACAAGUAUGGUGGCAACGGGCUUUGAGGACAUGACGACUGUAUGACAAUCAUGAUGAGUGAACAAUGGAUAAGAAAACAGCCAUAUUUAACAAGGCUUUUCAACGAUAUUC